AGGAAAUGACGUAACCUCCCCGCUGACGCCAGAACGUCUUCUUCACUCAAAGGACGCAGACAUGUCGGGACUGCUGAGGACCAUCGCCAGCCGCGCUGCUCCCUCCCUGCGGCAGCCAACCGUCGUCCAGAGGGCAAAUUUGUACUCCGGUCCGGCGAAGGGGAAGGUCGGAGCCGCGGUGAGUCUGCUGUUCUCUCUCCGGUAAAGUUGGGUGUAUCAGAGCUAACCGGAGGGGUCAGGUUAGCUAACAGGAGCGCUGAGCGUCCUUGGCUGAAGAGGUCAAAAUAAAGUCAAACCCGGACUUUAAAGAGGGUUUACUUCACUAAUAGAGUUACUCAACACAGCACUUCAGGAUUUUCCGACCCCGAGUCCCUGCUCGGGGAUUUUGACCAAUAUUUUCAUUAUUUUCCCGAGGCUAUGCUAUCACACCAAGGUUCAGGCCUGUGUAGGCUGACUCAGUGUGCUGAUCUAAGGUUCUUAUCCAGGGUGUAAGGUUCUUAUCCUAAGUUGCUGAAUCAAAGUGAACACAGAAUAAAUGACUAAAAAUUACAGCUAUUGCUCAGUGAAUUAAAGCAAGAAAAACCAAUAAACCUCUGGCAUUUGGACUUUAAUUUGUCAGGAAGUGCGUUUGUUGUUGUGUCAGUUAUUCUGUGUAGUAGGUUAGAGUUUCUCUGUUUCUGAAGGUGGACUUGUUUGACACCCAGUUUAAUAUCUAAUUAUGAAAAGAAAGUAUGAGAUAAAAUUGUGAACAAGAUGGACUACCAAGAGAUGAAACUUGAGUGUUUCUAUCAGUACAGAGUAAAGGUCCAGUGCUGGCUGCAGAAUCAUAUCAGCACUAAGUUUCAUGUUAUUUACAGAGACGCACGUCGAUUUAAACCGCCUAGAGGAUUCACAUGUUAAACUGAUCAUGAUGUAAGAAAGAAGUGGACACUUGUAAAGUCAUUCAGGCCUUUGUUACACCACCUCUGAGUGACUACAUCAGAGGUCUCCUAUGAAUGCCAGUUUUUCCCUGGUCUCCUUCUUAUUGUUAAAUAUUGAACUCGGACCUCAACCCAUUAAGACGUGAACCCUGUCAGAGAAACUCCUCUGAAAUCCUGAGGGCCAUUUUGAGAAGGGCCCUGAGAUCCUGAGGUUUUCUGAAGUGUUGAGGUUUUCAAAAAAGCUAAGAUCUCGGCCUCUGUACCAGAUAGAAACAAAAUUCAAAAAGUAUUUGAGAGCUUACAUGUCUGUCUUUCAACAUAGCUAUCUAUUAUUUUUCAGAACCUUCAUCACGUUUUUGAAAACCUUGAACAAACAAACUUAAAUGAAAUAAAGUGGCUGUAUAAAUAAAAGUAAAGACUCAGCACUGGAGAAUAACAAACUAUUUGCUUUCUGUAAAACAAGUGGCAGUCAUGAUAAAGGGUCCAUUCAACACAAAUAAAUAAUAUAAAAAAUAAAGUGUUGAAAGGGUAUGCAGGUGCCCCAGUAUAGUGCCUGUACAAAAGCAGCUCUAAAAACUAGUUAAUAAAUAAUUAAGUGGCUGACAGUGUGUUCAUGUCUGUGCUCACCCAAAAUCAUGCAACACUCACAGAAAACGCUGAUAGUGUGAGCCACAGCACUCCAUUAUGAAGAGGUUGUUCACACUGCUGGAUGCUUCUCCUUCGAAGGUGCCCUCUGCCUCCAUCAUUGUUUACUUUCCUCAUGAAACAUGUAGCAAGAUCCGAGCAUAAAUCCGAGCGCUUUAUUAAGCUUUAUGAGCCUAACAGAGGCAGACAGGUAUGAUGAUUUGAUUCACCAUGACUCCAGAAAUGAUUGAAAAACUACAGAAUGUUACAAAAUGAUGUAUCGUCGCUCCCGGCUUGAAGGGUAGAAAUGCCCAUGAGCGCCCCUGGCUUGGAAGGUUGAAAUGCGUACAUGCUGUCCUGUUUUAAAUGGGUAAACUGAGCCAAGUGAGGUCUGCAGUCUUCAGAUGUUGUUCUGGGCUAUCUUGGGACCCCCAGGAUGAGUCCAUGAUGCACUCUCUGAGUCUUUUGGGUAGGUCGGCCUUCUGAAAAGGUUCCCCACUGUUCCAUGUUUUAAUGGCUCUCACUAUGGUUUUCUGGAGUUCCAAAGUCUUAGAAAUUGCUCUGUAACCUUACCCAGACUGAUAGAUGUCUGUAACUUUGUGUCUCAUAUGUUGUUGAGUUUCUUUAGACAGGGACAUGAAGUGCUGCCUUCUCAGAUCUUUUAGCGGAUCUCAUGUUAUCAGACAGCUUCUGUUUAAGGGAUUUCUGAUCCUGCAGGUCUGGCAGUAAUCAGGCCUGUGUGUGUUUCGUGAAACUGACCUCAGCUUUAAAAAGGAUGUGGUAAACUACUGUUCAUUGAUGAUUUAACAAGGGAGACAGUUACAUUUUCACAGUCGGCCAUGUUAGAUCGCCUUUUUCCCUUUUAAGAAAUGAAAUCAUCAUUGAAAAAUGUUCUUUUUUACUCAGGUUAUUUUUGCCUGAUACUCAUGUGUUUGUUGAUCUGAAACAUGUCAGGGAGACAAAAGUAAAAACAGAAGAAAUCUGUGAGGGGGUCAAUACUAUUUCACAGCAUUGUACAUUACAAAUGCCCACACAUUGGGCUGGGCGAUAAAAUGAUAAUGAUAUAUAUCGAAAAUUAAUUUCCCUCAAUAUCAAUAUAAAACAUUCUUUCUUUGAAAUGGACAUGCACUUGUUACCUUUGUUGUUCAAAGAUGAACACCACGGAGCUUAGUGGAAAACUGAAACACACUAAACUGUUGUGGUACUCUUCAGUUCGUCCUCUCUGGAGCUUUGACUGUCAUAUUAGGGCUGGAAGGGUGAAUGAAGCCUCUGACAUAGGACUGGGCGAUUAUAUGAUCGUGAUCGAUGAUCGCGAUAAAAUUCAGUUUAAUCAUGGUGGUCAGCUGUGAGCUUAUUUACUCAAUCAAAGAUGGUGGAAAUGUGCGUCACAACAGCCAAUCAGAGUCGAGCUUUUCCUGCUCACUUCUGUAAGUUACCGGAAAAAUAAACAUGAGAAGUGAACAGAAUGACCGAAUGUGGAGCUAAACGCAGAGCUGAGGGCAGCAAAACAGAUGUCAGCUGUGACUUUGAGUCAUCCUCAGAAGAUGGUAUUGUUGAGAAGUUAUUCAACGUCUCUCCAAAGUUACGUCGAGCAAUUAAGCCGAUAAACUGGCAACACAACAGAUCUGUUUAAUCAUUUGAAGAAGUUCUUCCCAAGUGACUAUGCGGGAAGCAUAAUCACAGCGGAGUCUGCAAAAUCUGUCACUGCUGACGGUACGAGUAGCAUUGACAGUUUAGACACAACUGGCGGUGCAGCCACAGACCAACACAGCAAUCAAUCAUAUCCAUACCUGCCAACACUCCCGUUUUUCACUCCCCUGUGUUUCAGACUUAUCUCCCGCCCUCCUCCCAUAUUGUCAUUUCUCCCGGGAAUCUACCGUGGUUUUAAUGGUCCACGUUCAUUCAUGAAUCCGAUCACUGUAUUUGUCCAAAGUUUCCAGACAACCAAAGAUUGUCCUGUGUUUCUGCUGAGCCUCACAGACACUGGAUUGAUACUUUUACUUUACAGUUUUGGAUGAUUCAGGUCGGUUUCAGCUGGAAACUAUAUUUAAGCAGUGUUUGUUGCAAAAUGAACACUUUAAUGAAUGGGAAACAAACGCGAAAUACGCGAGAUUGAUGCGUUCAGGGCAGCCUCAGAUAAAAGAGUGCUGUAUUUCAUGCACAGAUGUUCAGAGCCUCAUAUAGGAGAGCAUGUAAAACAUAUGAGGACUUUAAAACUAAUAUUGGUGGACUAAAUAAGUUCAAGGCAUAUGGUAGCUAUUAUUGUUAUUACCAUUUGUUAUUGUUAAAACAAAACAAAAGUGUGCCGCUUCACUUAUACUUAUUUGGAUGAGCAAUUUAAUUACAAGUACUCUCAUAAUUAGCUCAUAUUCACCAUACAAGGUCACCCCAAAACUGCCCAGCGUGUGCUGCAAAAAUCUCCCGCAUUUUAUAACCCAAAUGUUAAAAGGUAUGCAUAUCAUCUACGUUUACAUUGUAAAGCAUCGUCAUUAUCUCUGAGGGAGCGAUUUGUUUAUUUUGGGUCUUGCAUACCUGCAUUAACACUCAGGACUGUAAACUAAUUCUCUGUAUUACUUAGUAUUUAUCUAUAUUUGAGUUAAAAUGUUUUUUUUAUAUUUUUCUAAGUGUAUCUUAUUCAAUUUGCUUUGUUAUUUACUUUUGUAUGUUAAUAAAAUGUUGAACAAAUCUCUAGUUUUUUUUUUUUUUUUUAGUACAGAUGCUUUAAAACUGGCAGUUAAAAAAAAAUUGUGAUAAUAAUCGAGAUCCGACGAUAUGACAAAAGAAAUCGUGAUCAUUUUUUUCCCCAAAUCACCCAGGCCUACUCUGACAGACCUGACAGUUAUUAACUGAUGUUGUUUGAUAACCAGUGAGAUGAAGUUGCUAAAUGGCUGCCAGCUGACUUAACCCUUUCUGUCUCUCCUUUAGGAAAGUGUGAUUGGGAUCGGUUUAUUCGCCCUGGCCAUCCUGGGACCUGCUGGGUGGAUCUUGGCUCACCUGGAGGACUACAAGAAGAAAGAGUGAUGUGGACGUUUUAGCAGUCAAUCACUUGGUGCAAACAUCAUCCUGUCUCCAGUGACCACCUGGGACCAUCAUCUUCUUCGUUCCCCUUCCCCCACUGGCAGAGAAGUUUACCUGCUCUCCUCUACCUCUCUGACGGCUCCACGCCACAUCCCAAAAGGAACAACUGUUUCAGAAAUGCUGACCUCUACACUUUGAAUACACUUAAUAUUGUGUUGUACAACUUUCCUCUUUAGCAUAAUGUUACAAAAUUAAAUUUUAAACACAACUCUACUGCCUGUGGUGUGUACAGUUCAUCCUCUUUUAAAGGGUUUAAGUCAAAAGACUGUCUUUAAUCAACAAGUGUGUUCAACAGAUUUGAACAUGUCCCCAUAAUUAAGGUUUCAUCGAGCCAGAAGACUCUGAUGACUAUCAGGAUAGUCCAAAAUGAUUUCUGCUGACAGAAAGGGAUAUAUUUAAGAUUAAACAGUCAAACUGGCAACAGCUCUGAGAAAAAGUGGUGGGGUUACUCUAGAUUAAUCCAAACUGCUGGAGUUUGCAAUGUGAAAAUUUAAACCAUGAAAAUAAACAAAAAAAUCCUCAAAAUAAGAGGUGAUCAGCAUUCUGUAUUUAAAAUUGAGAUAAAAUAAAGGCACAAAGUUCUAAUGUGUCUAACAACCUCACAGACCAAUGCUUUUGAAGAGUUAGUCUCUUGGAUGACUCUUAAAGAUUCAGCACUUUGUGGGACAAUCAGGUGGUUCUGUUUUUUGUCCUUCACCAAUUUCAUACCUGCAUUAUACUGUAGAGUAAUGUAACAAAGACCAGCUUAUUGUGUGGUUUUUUGUACCUGUUUAGGGCAGCUACGCCCACAUUUGGAAUGAAACAGACGUAAUAUCAAAAGACAAAGAAGAUACAGUGGUUUUGAGCUAAGAAUGAGAUUAAUAUAAACAGGACUGAAAAAUUCAGCCGGAAUAUGAAUAAACAUGAAACAGCUGAA